UCGAGCGGACUGUUGUGGAAAGGCUUGUACCGCCAGUUUUGAGAUUUGGUUUCCCUUUUUAUUCAGUGUGUUUUCACAAUAAUUGUUCUCAUAGAUAAUGGCCACAUUCAGGACACUGAGGAAGUUGUGUCAGCAUUCACAUCACCAAGCGUGUAGUCUUCAUCUGUCUGCUUCAAGGCAGGAGGCAGUGGUUAUCUCAGGCAGGAAGUUAGCCCGUCAGAUCCGGGAGGAGGCACAAGCGGAUGUGGAAGAGUGGGUCUCCGCCGGCAACCGUAGACCCCACCUCAGCGUGGUGCUGGUGGGAGACAACCCAGCCAGUCACUCCUAUGUCCUCAACAAGACCCGAGCAGCCGCUGAUGUUGGAAUAAGCAGUGAGACCAUACUGAAGCCGUCCAGUAUCUCUGAAGAGGAGCUGAUAGAUUUGAUCCAGAAGCUGAACUCAGAUCACAGAGUAGACGGCCUGCUGGUGCAGCUGCCCCUGCCAGAACACAUUGACGAGCGGCGUGUGUGUAACGCAGUGUGUCCAGAUAAAGAUGUCGAUGGUUUCCACGUGGUGAAUGUCGGUCGCAUGUGCCUUGAUCAGUCGUCUAUGCUUCCUGCCACUCCGUGGGGUGUGUGGGAGAUUAUCAAACGUACAGGCAUUCCCACACUGGGGAAGAAUGUGGUGGUUGCCGGGCGCUCAAAGAACGUUGGCAUGCCCAUUGCCAUGCUCCUGCACACGGACGGACGCCACGAGAGACCCGGGGGGGAUGCCACAGUAACCAUCUCCCAUCGUUACACACCCAAAGAGCAGCUCCGCCAGCACACCAAAAUUGCCGACAUCGUUGUUGCGGCUGCAGGUAUUCCCAACCUCAUUACCGCCGAUAUGAUUAAAGAGGGUGCAGCCGUCAUCGAUGUGGGCAUCAACAGAAUACAGGAUCCACUGACGGGCAAAAGCAAACUUGUUGGAGAUGUGGACUUUGAAGGCGUGCGGCAGAAGGCCAGCUACAUCACUCCUGUUCCAGGGGGUGUUGGUCCCAUGACUGUGGCCAUGCUGAUGAAAAACACGAUUAAGGCUGCAAAAAACCUCCUCUUGACCCCCCCUGAAAGAGUGCGCAUGGUAGCGUCCUCUUAAUGUCCUCCUUCAACCCCCCCCCUCCCCCUCCCACCCUAUACAUUCCACUCUGAGCCCCCACCUGUCUGGUUCCAGGAGUGCUGCACCGACUGAAAUGCAAUAGCUUUAUGGUCUAAUUUUGGAAGCUGGGCUCUUUCCCAUCUUGUCACCUGGCCUGGGUCCGACAGAUGAUUUUGUCCUUUAGGGUUUGAGAACAUGAAUGUAUUUCAUCCUUUUUAGCAUUCAUAUGACUCGAACCAAAAAUGCUCAGCUGUCAGAAUAUUCAAUACAACACCUAAAAUCCGUGCCUCUAAUGCAUUGUACAUCAUCUCUUUGACAGUGAUGUUUUGAGUUUUUUGUCUUCUCAGUUACAGUUUGGUUUGACAAUUUCAUAUUUAAAGAGGUUUUUGAUGAGGUCACUCUGUUAUUUUAUAUUUCAUUUAAGUUUUUAAUAGGCUGUUCAUUUGAGAAUUGUAGUUUAUUUAUUUAUUUUUUCUCUGAAACACUAUGUUGAAUGUGUAAAUGACAGGGUGUGCAUAAAGGUGUGAAAGACAAGUCAUUGUAGGUCAACUUAGAAAUGAAUAUGAGUGCUGUUUUCACUGCUGUUUGUUUUUCAUAAAAAUCUUCUGAUGGCAGCAGUGGGGAAAUAUGCUGAGGUUGUAUGCAGUGACAUAGCAGGUCAAUACAGACAUUGUGACAGUGAAUGGAGAUCUCAAAAAUACUUUCUAAAGAGCCUUUGUUUCCUCUGCGUCUGCCCUCCACACACGGCUGAAACAGACUUUCUGUAGUGACUCUGAUGGUUUUAGCCAGAACUGGCUGUCGGAGCAGAUUCUGACCUUCAUUUAGGGAUGGACUGUCACAGUAAGAGUGAUAGAAUGAUAGACAGAAUGGAGUUGUUAGCAUACACAGUUAUGAGAAGACCACGCAAGUCUUCAUGAAAAACAAAACAAAACAAAAGCUUUAAGUUU